AUGAGCGGAAACAACAAGAGUCCACCACUAAUCCACCGGAAACUCGCAGUUUUGGGUUUUCGGGCAGUUGGAAAGAGCUCACUUACAAACUCUUUUGUCAAUGGGUCGUUCUCAGAGGCGUAUGAUCCAACGAUAGAAGCGACAAUGUCAAAGCUUGUAAGAUUUCGAAAGGUCCAUUUUCAAUGCGAUAUAGUUGACACAGCUGGCAUGGACGAAUACUCAAGUCUCUCUCGGAAUGCUUCUUUGGGAGUACAUGGGUACGUGUUAGUCUUUUCGAUUACAUCGCGGCAAUCGCUUGACACGGUGUCUCAAGUGAACGAUGUGCUCUUGAAUACACUGGGAGAUGCCCCAGAGGAUCAAGUGCCGAGAGUAUUGGUUGGCUCCAUGAAGGAUCUCGAUGGUAUGAGACAAGUUAGCCAUGAAGAAGCUUCAGCUUUUGCUCGAUCCAUCGGGGCGCCGUAUGUAGAAUGCUCUUCCAAGACGGGUGACAAUGUGGCAGAUGUCUUUCACACAUUACUAAAGGAAAUCGAAAAAGAUGACGGUCUGCUCAACGAAACCGGCCCCAGUCCUUGCCUCAUACAAUAA